AUGGAUUUACCGAAAGUGCCGGUUCCUGAUUUGCAUAAAACACUGGAGCGAUACUUGUCUGGAUUAAAGCCCGUCAUUCCUGUGGCCCAAUUUGAACAAACAAAACGUACUGUCGAUCAGUUCCUGCAGCCCAAUGGUGAGGGAGAGAGACUACAGGCGCUCCUCCAGCAACACGCCGAGCGCACCGACAACUGGAUAACCCCAUUAUGGUUGGACGACAUGUAUCUACUGAAUGCGUUGCCACUGCCCAUCAACUCGAGUCCAUUCUAUCUGUUCCCUCGACAACAGUUCAAGACAUCAACGGAACAGUUAAGACUCGCCGCAGAGAUCAUACAAUUCACGUAUGAGUUCAAGACUCAAAUUGAAAAUGAAAGCUUAACGCAAGACUAUGGCUCCGGUCAGGGAAAGGGACAGCCGUUAUGUAUGCAGACGUAUAGAAACUUUUUCACUACUUAUAGACAGCCGGGAGAAGAAAAAGACGAGAUUUUAUUGAUUAAUGAGAACCGAGAAGAUAACGAACACAUUGUGAUUGCCUCCAGAAAUCAGUUUUUUGUGCUCCAAUUCAGACGAAAUGACUUCCCAUCCGUCGACGCAUUGUUUGAUAAAUUAAAAUACAUUUGGUAUUUGUCUAAAGAGUACGAGUCGUCCGCGCCUUUUGUCGGUAUACUCACCACUGAUAACAGGAAGAUAUGGGCCAACACCAGGAAACGGAUGCUUUUGAGCGAUAUAAACAAGCAGUCUUUGAGAUAUCUGGAGACGUGUCUGUUUGUGGUCUGUCUCGACGAUUGUGUCUCCACUAAAACCACGAGAAAUCAGAGGCGAGACUCCAUCCAAAUGGCGCGAAUGGAUCCGACAUACAUGGCAUCGACUCUAUUGCAUGGGUCCGGCAGUCAGUUCUAUACACCCAACCGAUGGUUUGAUAAGAUGUUGCAGAUUAUCAUAGGAAAGGACGGCAUACUUGGCAUCAUUAGCGAGCACUCGGUCUCCGAAGGAAUGACUAUUUUGCGCUUUUGCGAGCAAUUAAUUGAUUAUCUCGAAGAACAUCCCUUUCAUGGCAGCCAUCAGCGCAAGGAUUCUGCCAAAGGAAUGCCUAAUAAGAACUCAAAUAUUGCUUUACAUAACGAAGUGUUUCCAUUGCAUUGGGAUAUCGACGAUAACAUCAGAUUUCAAUUGAUUGAAUCCACAAAACGUAUUGAUAAACUGAUAUCAGAUGUGGAUCUCUAUGUCCUUCAAUUCAAUGAGUUUGGCAAAGAGUUUGUGAAGGAGCAGAAGCUGAGCCCCGACGCCUUUGUGCAACUGGCCCUCCAAUUGACAUAUUAUAAAGUGCACCGAAAACUAGUGUCCACUUACGAGAGCGCGUCCAUCCGUCACUACAAACUGGGACGAGUGGACAACAUCCGUGCGGCCACUCUCGAGGCCCUCGCCUGGGCUAAGGCCAUGUGCGACGAAAUACCUGAGAUUACGGAAAAGCAUAAGACUGAGAUGUUCCAGACGGUCACCGGUCAUGGCAUCGAUAAUCACUUACUCGGCCUCAAAGAGAUCAGUAAACUGAAUGGCGGCGACACACCGGCGCUGUUCAAAGAGAAAUCGUACAAAGAGUUCAUAAACUUUCGACUGUCGACGAGUCAAUUGGCCACCGAAAAGGGUGUGCUCGUGGGCUACGGGCCGGUAGUGCCCGACGGCUACGGGUGUUCGUAUAAUAUUUGCAAAAAUAUGAUCACAUUCUGCAUCAGCUCUUUCUUCAGCUCCUGUGAGACGAGUUCCGACUUCUUUGCCCUCAGUUUAGAGGGAAGUCUGCUUCAGAUGCGGGAGCUUUGCGUCAAAAUUAGUUCAUUUCAAAAGUAAUCUCCAGUAAUAACUGUGUCUUUCAAUAUCCAGUGAUUUAUGCGAAACUGUUAUCGAGUCUAUUGACGGGAAUUCAUAGCAAAUAUUUAUUAAUUAUUGUUAAUUAUAACAAAUGGAUAGUAUUUUAAAGCAAACAUAAAAUGUUUAACUGAAAGAUUUGUUUCAUAUAUUGCCUCAAAUUCUAGAGAAAGAAAAUACAAACGAAUUAUUGAUUUAUUAAUUGUUGAUAUAUUUGUUGUAAACAUUUGUUAUUAGAUAUUAAUUAUAAGAAUAAUUUAUUUAAA